AUGUAUCUUCAUGGCACCGACCAAGGGCAAAGUACCUGGCUUGUGACCACUGUCACCCGGCCCCUGGCCAUUGCUUCCACCCCUGUCGCGCCCAGCCCCAUGCACCUGAGUACCACCAGGAUCGACCCCCAUCGCACACUCUACGUUGUGACCUCGUUCACGGCUGAACGAUGGAGUCAACUGCCUGGGCCAUAUCAACGGGCCGCCGUCCUAGACCACGGGGUCGGCCUGAUUCCCGCUCACGAGCGAGGCUCGGCCAUUGUCUUUCUCACCGACGUCGAAGUCAUCUUUACGGAAGCCACUCUGGCACGGUGUCGUCAUCUGGCCGACCUGAACCUGACCUAUUUUCCCAUCACCUUUAGCGCUUACCGCCAUGCUCAGGGCCUGCGUCUCAACGACGCGAGCGGCAAAUUUCGACACAGUGGCUACGGUCUCGUCUGUACACGAGUGACGGCCUACGAGACGGUGGGCGGAUUGGAUACGUCCAUUACGGGCUGGGGCGACGAAGACAAGGCGCUGGUCAAUGCUUUUCUGAAGCACCCGGAGCAAAAUGUGUGGCGGGCACCGGAUCGCAUCCUGCACCGUUGGCACACCAAGACUUGCGACCCCGCACUGCCCAAGGAGCGGCUGCUCUCCUGUCACAAGUCGUUGAUGGACUACGAGGGAAGCAAAGAGCAACUUGCCGAGGAGCUUCGCCUUGCCCGCCUUCAGUUGGCCGCCGAGUCUUGA